AUGGAGCUUGGAGCUUCUUCUUGGCUUUUUGAAACUCUCCAAUCCAUCUAUUUCUUUCUCAUACUAGCUUUUAUCACUUUCUUCCUUUUUGCUUUCUUUCUUUACUUGGUUAGAUUAAAACUUUGGUGCAACUGUGAGGUAUGUGAUGCUUAUCUCACUUUAAGUUGGACAAAGCAAUUCGUCAACCUUUGCGAUUGGUAUGCUCAUCUUUUGAAAAACUCUCCUUCAAAAACAAUCCAUAUUCAUGUUCUUGGUAACAUCAUAACAGCCAAUCCAGAAAACGUUGAAUAUAUACUCAAAACAAGAUUUGAGAAUUACCCAAAAGGGAAACCUUUCUCCACUAUUUUGGGUGACUUUUUAGGUCAAGGUAUUUUCAACGUUGACGGCGAUUUAUGGAGGUUUCAAAGAAAAAUGGCGAGCCUGGAGCUUGACAGAUUCUCAAUAAGAUCAUACGCAUUCGACAUCAUUCGUUUUGAGAUUGAAGAUCGCCUUAUUCCACUUCUAAAGUCAAUUUCAAUCAAAGAAGAUAGAGUUAUAGACUUGCAAGACGUGUUUCGAAGAUUUUCAUUUGAUAGUAUCUGUAGAUUUUCCUUUGGUAUUGAUCCAAGAUGUUUGGAGAUUACUUUACCCAUAUCGGAUUUCGCUGUUGCUUUCGACUUAGCUUCGAAAUUAUCAGCUGAAAGAGCCAUGACUGUUUCUCCACUUAUUUGGAAGAUCAAAAGGAUGUUUAAUUUAGGUACUGAGAAGAAAAUGAAAGAAGCUAUAAAGCUUAUUAAUAUUUUAGCACAAGAAGUUAUAAGGCAAAGGCGGAAAAUGGGAUUUCUAUCUCAGAAGGAUCUCUUAUCUCGUUUUAUGCAUACUGUAAAUGAUGAUACUUACUUGCGAGAUAUUGUUAUAAGUUUCCUUUUAGCUGGCCGUGACACGGUGGCUUCUGCCUUGACAAGCUUCUUUUGGCUACUAGCUAACUAUCCGCAAGUAAGAUUAGCCAUUUUAGAUGAAGCAGAUAAAGUUCUUGGUCUGAAUCAAGAACUCAAAAGCUUCCAACAAUUGCGAGAUCUUCAUUAUCUACAAGCAGCAGUUUAUGAAAGUAUGAGAUUAUAUCCUCCCAUUCAAUUUGAUUCCAAAUUCUGUGAAGAAGAUGAUUUUUUACCAGAUGGGACUUUUGUUAAGAAAGGAACCAGGGUUACUUACCAUCCUUACGCAAUGGGAAGGAUCGAAGAAAUAUGGGGUCAAGAUUGUUUAGAAUUCAAGCCAGAAAGGUGGUUACGAGAUGAUGGUAUUUUCUUCCCUGAAAACCCUUUUAAGUAUCCAGUUUUUCAAGCUGGUCUACGAGUAUGUUUAGGUAAAGAAAUGGCUUUAUUAGAACUAAAGUGUGUGGCUAUUUCCUUACUUCGACGAUUUCAUUUCGAUUUAAUCACCACCACAUACCACACGCCACGAUUCUCUCCAGGUCUCACUGCCACCUUUAGCGGUGGGCUCCCAGUUCUGGUUCGAGAGGCAGUAACUAUUUUUCCUCCUCAUGAUCAUAGUAAUCAAUCAGAUAGUUGAUUAUAUGCAUGUAUUUAUACUGGGUUUAUACUUGUAUAUGUCCAUUUUCCAUUGGUUGUGUAGUUGUGGAUAUUGAUUGGAGCAGAUUCAUAUCUACCAAAUCCAAAGAAGAAGACAUGAUCACUAAAUGGCUUUGUAUGUUUAAGCACCAUACCCAUAAUGUCGGUUGGUGUUGGCAGAAUUAGGAAUUUAUUUUCACGUGUUCAAUUUUCUUUUUGGUUUUAUGCAAAUGUGUGGAUAUGUGUAUAUUCUUUCUGUAUUGGAGUACAGUUGCUUUCAUGUAUAUAGGGCACAACACCACAAAAAGCUCCAUUUUUUUUUUUUUUUUCUUCUGCAAUCCUCUACUGAAAGUUGUUCAGACCUAUGUUUAGUUGAUUUGAUCAAGUACAUGUAUGUUCAGCUUUA